CUCCACCCCAGCACCAACAACAGCAACAACAGCCAAUAAACAAAGAUACAGUCACCAAGCAAAGGAUACCAGCUAUCUUUUUGCCUCUGGUGACUGAUGUAGUGCCACUGAUGGAUAUGCUUUAUAAGCAUCCAUCAGUGAAAGGAUUCAGCACUAAAGCUACUGGUGGUGCUGGGCGAGGACUACGUAUUCACUGCCAUGACCUUGAUACAUAUAAUGCAGUACUGAGUGUACUGCAGCAAGAAAAGCUGCAACUGCACACUCACCAGCCACGCCAGUUAAAAGGCUAUCGAGUGGUGCUAAAGCACUUGCACCACUCGACACCUUGCGACUGGUUGAGGGUGCAGUUGCAUGCUCUGGGCUUCAUGACGCGUUUCGUGCGCGUCAUGAAGCACAGAUUCACAUCAAAGCCACUCAAUCUGUUUGAGAUUGAGCUCCAGCCACAGCCUGAUGGCAGCCAUGAGGCGGUGCUCAGUCUCAAACAGAUCGGUAUGCAAGCAACAAUAACGCACAGACAAAUGCAGCAGCAAAUACAAGUAAAACUGAACAAAUACAGCAAACACAACAAGAACAAGUACCACAAGUACAACAAACACAACAACAACAAGUACAGGUACAGCAAAUACAGCAAGAGCAAACUGAACAAAUUGCUCAAACAAGGCGGCAGCCACAACAUUAUCCUAUGCCAGCGAGAAACACUACUGACCGUUAAUGCACCAGCCGGAUCCAAAAUGAAGAUGACGACUACAUGCAGCAGCAACAACAAUGACGACGAUCAGCUAAUAAUCUAA